CAGCACCUGCAGUGCACGUCAAAUUGCAAAGGUUAAAACAGAUAGCACAAAUGAAACCAUAUUUACAAGACGCAAAGUUACAACAAAAAGGAAGUUAAUCGUAAAUUAAUCAAAGUGAUAUACACUAUCCUUCUUGAUUUAAUAUCUCUUUACAAAGUUUUCAGAAUGUGCAUUUUUAACCAUGUUUUUGUAUCCAGUUUCAAUGCAUAAUUGACUACCGAUGCCUGAUUUAAGAUAAAAGUGUGCAUUUUUUAUUUCAUAAUUAUAUUUAUUACUUCUAUGAUAAAUAUAUUUGGAAUAUAUAUUCUGAAUAUUAAGGUAAUUACAUUGUUAAGUGAAAUUUUUGUAUUCACAUGAAUUUAUUAAACCCGUAAGAGCAUGUGGAAUGCAUUGAAUUAUCGGGCACAAUGUUCAAAUUGGAAUCAUAUAUAACACCAGUGAUUCUUAGUUAUGUUGAAAAGUAUGUGAGGAAUUUUAAACCAGAACAAUCUCAGGUGUCUUUAUGGGAUGGUGAUGCAUCAUUUCGAAAUCUUGAUUUGAGAUUAGAAGUUUUGGAAGAGCAAUUUAAUCUUCCUUUUGUCUUUGUUAGCGGUCAUAUACAUGAAUUGCUUAUACAUGUUCCUUGGGUAAAAAUCACUUCAGAACCAAUUGUUAUUACAAUAAAUACUAUAGAGUGUAUUCUGAAAUUAAAAGAUGAUACUAAAGUGGAAACCAGUACUUCUGGAUUACAGAAAAGACAAAAAAUAUCACAAGAAGAAGCCCCACCUGGGUACAUAAAAAGCAUAGUAACAAAAGUUGUAAAUAACAUAACAAUCAAUUGUAAUAAUUUAAUUCUAAAAUAUGUGGAAGAAGACAUUGUUCUUAGCGUAAACGUGAGAUUUUUAAGUAUGCAGACUGUUGAUAAUAAAUGGGAACCAGCAUUUACUGAUGUCAAUGCAUAUGAAAUUAUGCUGAGAAAAGUAAUUACAAUUCAAGAUAUAACAUUAUGUUUGGACAAAAUGGAUGCUUCUGGAAAAAUAGAAAUAUAUCAGGAUCCUGUUUUAUAUAGAUGCUCUGUUAUGAUACGUUUGAUUAUCAACUAUCACAAUAACACAGCUAGAAGAGCUUCUGUUACACGUUUAGACCUUCACUGUCAGAAAAUGGAGUUUAGUAUAACAGAACAGCAAGUACCAAUGCUCUUGAGACUAGCUGCACUAAUAAUGGUAUUGCAAACAAAACAAUUUCCACCUAGUAAAGAGAAGUCCUUAAUCCCAGUUGAAGAAAGAAAUGGUAGUAUAGAAGAUGAUAUUAUUGACCAUGUAAGUGGAACUGCUACCGAUAUUAAUGAAUGGAGUGAAUUGGCUUGGGAUAUAGUAUCAGCUUUAAUACCCAUUGAUUGGGAUAAUGAUUGGUCUAUGGAACAACAAAUGGCUUAUUCUGAACACACUAUUCAUUUGGGUGUAUACGUACAUGAUGCCACUUUAACUUUUAAAACAGUAGAAAACAUUAAGGAGCAAUUAUUUUAUAAAUCACGGAAGCUCAGGUAUAAGUCGUUUCUAACGUUGAGAUUAAAUGGUGUUGUGGUGGAUACAUUGCUUCAAGGAAUUGCUAUGACUACCUUUCAAAUUGGAAUGGGUUGUAUACGAAUAUAUCCAAGAGGAACCUGUAGUUGUGGACAUCUGGAAGUAGUUGAUGGAGCUCAACCACCUUUAUAUUUAAUAGCAGGAACAUUAUAUACUGAUUAUUUAAAAGAUACAUUAUUUGACGAUGAUUCAGUAGAAAACAAAGGGAAGAAAAGAGAUUACAAACAAGGAAUUUAUUAUUAUUUAAAUACAGUAUCAGAGGAAAGACUAAUAGAACGAUGUCCUGCAUUUGCUAUGGAUUAUGUUCACUGUGUUGAAUUACCAGAUGACAUUACCCCUGAAAAACUGGCGGAAUUUGGAUCUAAUUUUGAAUACAGCAAUUUUCACGAACGUAGAGUUAUGAGACACAUUAUAGGCGACUUAACUAUUAGAUUAUGUUCUGGUGUUUUUCAUCGCAUUGAUACAAUAAAACAAGCUGCUGCAAAUUAUGAUUACAGUCCAUAUCUUGUUUCAAAACCAGAUCCAUUGGUAGACGAACUUCCGCCAGUUACAUUAGAAGAAUAUGAAUCCUUAAGAGAAAAUGUAUCUAUGGUUAAAACAAAGUUGAUGAUAGUAAAAGCAUCUCUCCAAUUACAAUUAGCUGAUCAUUCCAUUACGGGAUUGCCACGUCAACGAAAACUUGUUGAAAAUAGAACGGCACCGUUAACACCUGCUCUUACGGACGAUCCUUUUAUGAGCAUUGAAUGUGAUGAAGUAAUACUAACUAUGCUGCAACCAUUAUAUCCGUUUAGACUUGCUGCAUGUGCAUCGAAGCAAACUGAUCUUUCCACGGAAAUGUUCGAUCAAUGUCAUAAAAUUAUUACACUUCAGGUAACUGGGGCAAGAAGUCAACUUUACUUAACGAAAAAUUGUCAUACAUCGAUAAUAAUGCCUUAUUCAAUUCAGUGCGGAGCAACAAAGCUAUUGUAUCCCCAGUACUGGAGAAAUGUUGAUUUAAUACAUGAAACAUACUCAGUUCACAUAGACAGCAUCACAAUCACUGGAACAAAAGCAAAAUUAAUGGUUGCUACGUCUAUAUUGACUUCAAUUUUCAAUCCUACUGAUACAACGAACCCUCUUGUAUGUUCCUCUUUGUUCAAUGAUGCUUGUCAAGAAAUAGACCCAAUAUACUUAGAGCUGUUAUUAGAAAAUAUAAAUUGCAAGAAAAUUUCAUCGUUGGUUACUAUUUCAAAUAAGAUAAGCAUACAUUCAAUGAAAAUGUUUGCUCUAAAUGAAUCACAGCAGGCCUUUAUUUUCUCAGGUCCAGAAAGCAAUGUUCAUGGCGAGGCAGAAAAUAAACUAUUCCUAACAGCUGUAAUACAAUUUCCAAAAAAUGUUGAGAAACAAACGCAUCCGCCUCUUCUGUCGCUUCAAAUGGCAGACAUCAGAGCUUCACUGGAUCCAUUACUGUUUAAAUGGCUAGAAUAUCGUGUAACAUACAAUAAUUUAGGUACUUUAUGUACAACAAAAUAUGAAACGCAACAGCAUCUUGAAGGUACAUCUUCCGAUACUGGAACGAAGAAAAAGACAUUUCCCAGUUUACACGAAAGUGUGCAUAGCUCUUCAGACAAAGAAAAAAGAAAAUCAGUUGUGACAACUGAGAAAUCAAAGACUGUACAAAAUGAUGAUCUCAAGAAACGGCAUGAUUCUAAAACUGAUAGUGAUAUACAGAACUUACAGAAUUUGGGAAUAUUGGCCAGAUUAGCAGAACUAUAUCCAUGGUGGUGUGGACUUGUAUUAAGUGGAUGUGUUGGACAUAUUGUUAUAUAUAUACCGUCGAAUACAAUGAGUGGUAUUGGUGCAUAUGGUAUAGAAGAAGCAAAAGACAGAGCACUAAAUACCGAUAACGACUUGCAAAUGUUGAUAAUAAAGUUACCCACACUUAUUGUUCAUUCCUCUAACAUAAGUAUUGAAAUGCUAACACCUCAUCUUCAGAAAUUACCAGUUAAACUACCAAAAUCUAUAUGGACGAAUAAAUUAGAAAGCUUUCCGUGGACAUUGAGUCUCGUCGAAUUCCACUGUUAUAUGUUACAGCAACACACACAAAAAAACUUCAUUAAAAAAGUAUCAUUAAAUGCUACAGUUGCUCUUACAACUAAAUUUACAAUGUCUCCAACUGGAGGAAAUGUACUGUCUUCAUUAGGACUUUGUGUUCAUAUUGAUAAUUCUCCUAUUAUCAUUUCAGUUUCCGAAGAACAGAUAGUAUUCAUGAACAAAAUAAUUUCAAACAUUCUUUGCGUGCUACGAGUUUCAACUGCUGCUGACAAAAGUGUUGUAGCUAGUACUUUGAAUACCGAAACGCAAGUAGUUCUUCCUAUCAUACCGCAAACUCCAUCUACGCCAACACAAUUACUAUAUCCGGAAGAUACAACAACUACUUCAACCGUUUCUACAUCGAAAGAUGAUAUUAUGCAAGAAUCAGACGAAUUAGUUUUGACGGCGUGGAUUCAAUGGACUAUUACAAAAAUCGCAUUUAAAUUAUAUGUGGCAGAAGUAGGAAGUUCAUCUUCAUUGAAACUAGUUCUUGAAUUAGAAGAUAUUAUUACCUCAUUAGAUCUGCAACCCGUUUACCUAAAAUUAAAAAGCAAAAUUACAACAGCUACUAUAUUUCAUUACACUAGAGCCCCGAAUUCACCAACUUGGGACAUUGGUGAAUAUGUAGGUGCAAUACUCUGUGGAAGAGAAGAUAGUUUAGAGAAAGGUGAUGAUUCUGGAUUUUUGAGUUUCACUGUGACCAGGGCAAAGUCGGGAAACGUUCAUACACGAUGGGGUACUUAUAAACGCCACAGAAGCCAGAAGAAAGACAUUGUAACAGAACCUACUCUAUCUAGUAAUGCUUACAUUUCUGAAGUGGUUGUAAAAAUCCAAAUGGUGGAUAUUAUUUUACCACUUACUAUAGUUAGCAAGUAUGUACAACUACUGAAACCAUUCACUUGUUUUUAUCAAACUAUUGAAAAAGAUUGCAUUGAAACUCCUGAACAAAAUGCAACAACAAGUUUAAGUAGCAUUGCAAGUCUUGAUAAUGAAACUUUACCAUUGAUAUAUCUGGAUUUUAAGGGUCUCAGACUAAUGUUACCAGCUUCAAACAUAAUUAAAUUGAAACCGCAACACGAUUUGCUAAUGCUGCAGUUAGAUGGAAUUCGCAUCACUCCACAUGCAGAGAAUCCAAUCUGUAGAACACCUUUGAGAUUAGACAUAUAUCAACUUGCAGCCCAAGCAAAUAUUUUAAAUAUACCAGGUUCCGCUGUAGAGGAUCGGCAGUAUCAAAUUAAUAUAAAUGGCAUAUGCGCUCAUACGACUACUUGGAAAAAUUAUCAAAUGAGCAUAAACAAGAAAAUGUCUCAGUCGUAUCUUUACACAAUGAACGAAAAUCCUGCCUUAGAAUGGAAUAAACUUGGACAUGGAAGUAGUUUGGAGCAACAAUUUUCAACUCUUCCAUUAGUGUCAAAGUUUGAUUUAUGCCUAAUCAUUGCGCCGCCGAUUUUAUUUAAACCGGAUGUAACAGUAUGCGGCAGUGCUAUUGAAGUUAACUGUAUUACAGACAUUGAAGUGACUGUAAAUUUAGAUCAAAUUCAGUUAAUUUCGAUAUUAAACAACGAAUUAAAAAAUGUAUUAUUGGGCAACUUUGAGCCACAUAGAACUUCAACUGAGUCCAGUAAUACAUUUCAUAAGAUUUCUUCAACAAUGGGAACUAUUAAACAAAUUACUUGGACAAAGCAAUCAUCCGAUGAUGUGGAUGUUGAUUUUACUAAGGAUAGUGGUAUAGAUUUCGAAACGUCCAGUGUGAAUUCAACCAUUGUUGGUAAACCAACAAUUCCAGAGGUUUCUGUAUUAUUACCCUUCGAAUUCUUGGUAAACUGUGGUAAAAUAACAUUUCUACUUUAUGAUAUUCAGAAAGCAAGUACAAAAUAUCAAGUUGAUAUAAAUGAAAUUGAAGAAGAUGAAGGUGAAAGUCAAAAGCAGCCACUAGUUUAUAUUAUGGUUAAUCAACCAAAUAUUUAUUUUUCACAGCAACAUCCUUCACAGAAAGUACAAGUAUCAUGUUUCGAUGUAACCAUGGCAUUAGGAGAGAAAGAGAAUUAUGAAUUAUAUUCCAUACCAUCAGAGAAAGAUUUUAAAUUGUUCAUGAUUGAAACAAAAAGUGGAGAUUUACAUCCAGAUACAGGCAUACCGCCAUCUUUUGUAACAAUGAAGUAUGAAAAGACUUUAGGGAAAAAGCCACAAUUUUCUGUAGAUAUGGGUAGACCAACAAAAAUUUAUUUCUCUUUGUCAAGAUUAAGUCAGAUAUAUGUUAUGAAAAAUAAGAUAUUAUCGUGCUUUACAAACCAAUGCGAAACACCAACAGAACAGUUCGACGAUAUAAAGAUAUUAUCGACGACAAAAACGAAGAAAUUAAAUUGGCCUGAUUUAAAUAUGAGCACUAAGCAAGUUGUGUUAUCUUUGAAAACAGAUUCUGGUGCUGAAAUAAUAAUCAGUUUAGCUUCUUUAUCUGGGAGCGUUACAUCUCUUCUUAGACCAGAUAGAAUAUAUUCUAACACUUCUGUAGAUUCAUUCAUCAUAUCAGCAAUACUUAAUGAAAAUAUAAAAGUGCUUUUAAACCCAUGGUGUUGCAAUAUUACCGUUUGUCUGCUUUGGGAGUCAUGGCAGAAUACUGACUCUAUUCCCCAAAUACACGUGCAAGCAGACAGUGACAGUCUUUAUUUAGAUUUUGGGCCUGAACAAAUAAAAAUUAUAAAAAAUGUUAUGCAAGAUUGCCAGUUUUUAUUGAAUGAAUUAACAACAACUCCUUCAGAGUGCAAAAAUAAUGAGAAACAAAUUGUACUGUCUACUGAACAACAUUAUAAAGAUGAUCUUAAAGCAGGUGCAUUCCAAUUUGUCAAUGGUAACGCCGAUGAAUUACCAUUCCCAUAUCAAGUUGUAUUCUUUGCUUAUCCUCAACAAUCAAUGGCAUGGCGGUAUCCACAACCAAGAACAUUGACUAGAAUACAUGUAUCACCAGUUCCAUUUGAAACAUUGGACUCCGAUAGCGGUUACAUUGACAAAGUACCCUGUGUUCUUGAAUACUGGAGUGAUUGUCACAUGUCCUAUCAACGUUACGUUGAUUUCUACUUAUCAGAAACAGAUUCGUACCGAUUAGAACUGCCUGAAAAAGCUCCGGCUCGAGCAGUCGCUUGCAUAUGGCGAGUAGUUUUAUUGUCAAGCAAUAACAAGCCACUUUCGAAGACGAUAAUAUCUGCACGCGUUCUCGCGGCGUGUUUACGCAUCGAUUCCUAUUUUAAUUCGUCGAUUAUACCCAAUAUACAGGCCGCUUUGAAUAUUGGUGCCAUUCAUUUAUCGAUGUACAACCACGUUAAUCCAACUAUGUAUAAUAAUUUGCAACGGCCGUUAAAAAAUUAUACGUUGAAAGGUACUAGUCCUGAAACUCAAUGCUUCAUGACUUUGGAGCAUAAAGAAGCCAUCCUUGUACUUAAUAAAUGGAUAGAUGGAUCCACGUUAAUUGAUAUCAGCGGUACAUUUGGUGUGCAUAUAUUAGACUAUACACAUUUGACUAUGCAAGAAAUAUUAGAUCCUUUAGAAGCAAGAUUUCAACUGUCGUUAUCGGACAAAACGGAUAUAUCAUUAACAUGUAGUCCAUUCUCAUUGAAGUUAGGACCAACUAUAGCACAUACUCUCGCCGUUUCUACACAUUUAUGGCUUACAUUUUUAGAAGAAGAUAACAAAAACAUGAUUCUAUUUACUCGUUACGUCGUAGCCAAUGACAGCAAUGUCCCCAUCCUCUUUGGUCAAAGUGGUACUGGAGACAAUACACUGCUAGAAAGUAGACAAUGUACUUUCUACUCAUGGAAACACUUUGAUAACAAGAUGAUAAGGAUAGCAAUAGAGGAGAAUAUUUGGUUGUGGAGCAAACCAUUCUCUGUGGCCACUGAUGGUAUUCAAGCGAUUGAGUUUAACAAUUCUGUAACUAAAGCAACAGCAUUUGUAAGUGUUAGAUCUCUCUCAGCCACUCAGAAGUUAGUGACCUUCUCUGGCCAACUGAUAAUUUCCAAUCAACUGAUUGAUAACUUCGAGAUGAAAUUAGUUAAAUACGAAGGUGAUAUUGGUUCUAAAGUUACUGUAUUGAAAGACGUUUAUCCUGUUCCUGGUAAAAACUGUCCACCAUCUGUUAUACUCGAUGGAAACAAGAAAAUGGCCAUACGUUUACGCUUCACCAACAUGCCUAAUUUAUCUUGGACAGGGGAUAUUCCACUUCAACCUAAUGCUAAGUGGGGGCAACCAUGGCUGGUUAAGGUACCAUUACAAGAACGUGGACAAUUUUUAAGUAUUUGGGUACGAAUAGUCACACAGGUCAUUCAAGAUAGAAUAAAAGUGCUAGCCGUACUUAGCCCACUGUACAUGAUUAGAUCACAUUUACCAGUACCAGCUAGAGUACAAAUGGAUACACCUUCAUUGAAAAUUUCAUUAAGUACAAUGGUGAAUGGCCGUGGUGAGCGACAACAGCUAUACUGUCCUGGAACGUUCGAACAUUUCCAUCAAUUAACAUUCCAAUUGGAAUCUGGUGUAUCCACGUCAAAUCCAUACGUACCAUUGUCUUAUAGUUCCGUCGACCAACGAAAGUUUUUCAAAAGACCCGAAUUCGAAGAUAUCGAUGCUAUUCUAACAAGUCUUGAAGAUCAAAAAGAAGAAGAACAAUGGCCUUUCCAGGGAGAUAUGAUAGAAGAAUGGAUAUCCGCUGAACAACCUCAAACACAUGUUCAAGUAAAAUACCAAGAUGCUGGAUUAGUUUCCAGUACUUUGUUGUUAGAACUACAACCGUGGUGCUUUAUGUUGAAUUCCAUGGGUUGUCACUUGUCUCUAGUAUCGGAAGAUACAGAACUCUGUCAAAUACCUCAUUACGGUAUCGUAACACCACCAAAAUUGGAAGGUACGUUUCACUUAUGUGUCGGUGUUGGUGAUACAUUUUAUACAUCUCAGUCUCUUCAACUGGCACGUCCUGAUUGGAGUCAGAGUUUCUACAUGCCUAGAAUUGGAGGACUCAUCCCAGUUGAUGGAAACAUUAAAACGUGUGUAGACUGUUGUUCGAGUGUAUCCAUUAUGAGUAUUAAUUCAAGCAUGCACGAAGACAUGAGGCUCAUACGUAUAACAAGUAGUCAUGUCAUCAGUAAUUUAACAUCUCAAGAAUUAUGCAUUGCUACAUUGGCAGUGCAUGAAGAAGAAACUAGGCUUGAAUUACCUAACGAUCUCACUCUUUAUAGUCUUAAUAUUUCACCGAGCGAAGAUCAGAAACAGGGCAUACCAAUUACACAAUGGUACACAUUGUACAUGGAAGACAUUAUGGAACCCCUUGUACUUUAUAUAUCUUUAAGUUUAGGGCACAAAUGGUCUUGUCCAAUACGAGUUGAUCAAGGCAUGAGUCGUAAAUGCGUUGCCAUUCCAAAUGGUUCUACAACUAUGCCAGUAGUCAUUACAACACAAGAAGACAAAGGCACAACGUAUAUAAUGAUUCAUGUGGAUCAUCAUCCUCAGUUGUUGAUUGAAAAUACUUGCGCUUUCAAAAUUUUAUUGGGUCAGGCGAACGAGACAGGAGAAGUAAUAACGCCAGACACUUCACACUUUACAUGGACUUGUGAAGUGGAAAGUGGUGCAUCUUGCCACUAUUCCAUUCCAUCCAUUAGCAACAGGUUGCCUGAUGCGCCUGUUUCAACUGCAUCCAAUGUAUUGUUAUUUUCUGCUGUAACAAAUCAUAAUGAACAGGCGAUACAAAACAAAGAAGUGCGGUGGUCGAGAGGCAUAAAUUUAUCUGCAAUAUCAGGGGUAUUAGUAGACCAAUAUGUACGAUUACCAUUUUAUGGAGAUGUAAAAUUGAUCAUGCAAAAUCGUUGUUAUACUACAUAUAUUAGUAUUGUUCCUAUAUCACAAGAAGAAGUAUCUGCAAGAGACAUUAGAAGUCGACUUUUGCGCAAAGAAACUGACAUGAAAGAAAUAGAAACACUGCAUACUAAAUACAUUGAUCAGGCAGAGGAUGAUAAAACAAUAAAUGUACAGGGUUCAGAUAGUUCAACAUCAGUGACGACAUUUUUCUCGGCUCAAGACGAGAAUUUAAUUACAGAAAUUGCAACACCUUUGCAAACAAAUCCGGAACGAUCAAUUACGAAUAUGGACAAUUUAAAAACUAACGCAAACGAUGAUGCGAAGGCUGCCGAAGGAAAUAUUUCUAAAGAAGGGUCUGCAACUAUACAUCUUCGCGGAAUCAAUAUUAUUAUCAUGCACGAUAUGAAUGAAAACGCACAAAGAAUUGAAGUUGCCAGUUUAUCUAUGACUGAUAUUAUAGUCACUGUUGCUGCAAGAUCUAGAAUCAUCAAUCUAAGUGCUUUCAUAGGCGAUCUUCAAUUAGAUAAUCAAAUGUUUGAUCAAGGAGGUUUUGAUUUUCCUGUAGUAUUGAUAAGUCAAAGUCCACUAGUCACAAAGGGGGUAGGAUACUACACACAUAAUUGUUUAAUAAAUAAAAUAGAACAAAUCAGGGAAAAUUCUUUAAUAACCAUUGAUUAUAUCAUGGAAAAUCAAGGACAUAUUAGAGCGUCAAAAGAGCUUUACUUAAAAAUUGCACCUAUCAGUGCCUAUAUUGAAGACACGUAUAUUACUCAAUUACUAAAUUAUGCAACUUCAAUGGUUCCUCCAAGAUUUUUUGCACCAGAUGAUAUAAUAAAGUCAAAGACAUUAAUUUCAACUACUGAAGUAUGUGUGUCCAAUUACAUAAUGGUCGAUGCAAAAAUAUUAAGUGCGCCCUUAAGACUGCAAAACUUGAAAAUAGAACCUCUUUCGAUCCUGUUAAGUGCUCACACGUCUGUGCGAUUAUACGUAGCUUUAGAUCAUUCUCCCUUGUAUUUUGGCACCUUUGAAAAGAAAAAUAUUUUAACUACACCAUAUAGACUUGGCAAUGCACUUACUAUGCAUUAUUUAUCUGGUGCUAUUUUUGGAGCAGGAUGGGUAGUUGGAUCUUUAGAAAUAUUGGGAUCACCUGGAAGCUUAGCACAAGCUCUUGGCUCUGGACUUAGAGACUUUAUAUCGCUUCCACUCCAAGGUUUAUUGCAAGGACCUUGGGGUUUCAUUGUAGGGAUAACGCACGGUUCUGCUAGUUUGAUGAGACAUGUUACCGCAGGUACUUUGAAUUCUGUGACAAAGUUAGCAUCUAGUGUGGCACGAAAUCUAGAUCGCCUAACACUUGAUGAAGAGCAUUUACAAAGGCAAGAAGAGUCGAGAAGAAUGAGACCUCAAGGCAUGGCACAAGGGCUUUAUCAAGGCUUAACUGGAUUAGGCAUGAGCGUUCUAGCUGCGGUUGCUGGCAUUGCUCAUCAUCCUUUGCAACAAGUAUGGUCAGGUGAAAUGACAACUAAAAGUCUUGUGACUGGUGUUGGACUUGGAUUGGUUGGAGUAGUUACAAAACCUUUAAGUGGAGCUGCAGAAUUAGUUGCACUGACAGGACAGGGAUUACUUCAGGGUGCUGGUUGGAAUUCCUUACCUACUCCUCGGCAAAGACCAGUUGUUCAAUAUACAACAGGAAAUAAUGCAUCCAUUAGAUAUGCUUGGUGGUUGUUACCUCUGCUAAAAAACAAUCAUGGCAACAUUUUACAUGUUACCAAUGCAGAUUAUGUAAUUCAGCAAGGCAGUAAUCAUGCUGUGACAUUAGUUCUAACAAGGCAUGCAUUGUUAUUAGUUAAUGCAGCUGAGGAUACAGUGGAAAGAAUAUUUUUAUUGAAAGAUUUAACGAGUGCCGAUCACCACCUUGAUUCGACCAUAAGUUUAUACUGUAUUCCUGAAACGACACAAACGAACAGGCCUGUGUCACCUACUCCGUAUGAGAUGGAUCAAGAAAUGAGAGCACGUGUAGAGGAAUACGUGAGAACCAGUAGUACAGGUUUAGCCAGCGUUUCAACAAAUAGCGAUGGACAGUCGGAUACUUUUGAAAACGUUACCACUCAUUCUGAUCGUACACUUACCUUUUACGUUUCCCCUGAUUCGCGUAAUUAUUUAUUAUCGCUGUUUAACAUCGCCAAACGCCAAAGUCAGGGCAGCGGAUUCAGAGUAUUAUAAAGAAUAGAUAGAAUGUGCUGCAUAAUUUUUAUUUAUCUGCGAAGAAAGUGGAUAAAUAAUAUUUUUGAGAAAUGUAAAGCGAUAAGUCAGUAUUAAACUUCAAGUUUAAAAAUUAUCCGAUAACUGUAAUACGUGUUUCACGUAUUAGUUAUAUGAGGUUCAUAUGUACAUAUCUAUUACAACAUUUGUAAUUUUAUUUCAAAAAUGUCCUAAUAGACGGAAUUAAUGACAAUAUGUACUAUUUAAAAACAUUCAGAUAAAGAAAAUGGUUUUUCAAAGUUUAUAAGAAAAAGAAUGUAAAAGAGAAAAAUUUCUGUAUCUCUUAUUUAAUUAAGCAACAUAAAAUAUUGUACAUAUCUCGUAGCAGCCAUUUUAUUGUCUUUGUACAAAUUCAAGUGCAAAGAAUAUAAUUUUACAAUUAAAUUUCCAAGUAUUUUGUGCAUAUUUUUUCAUAUAUUUAUUAUCAGUAACACUUGCAAUUGUACUGUGUUGGUGAAUGGGAAAUUAAUAUAAAAAACUUCUUAUAUAUUAUUUGUAUAAUUGGGAAAUCUGAUAUAUACGAAUUGAAAGUACAUAGUAUAUGGGAUGCAAUAGAAUGUACAAAAAUUUUAUACAUUUAUUAAAAAUUAUUACAUUUUAUUUACAAUAUUCUGCAUAAUACAUUCAUGAAAAAUAUAAA